GCUAAUUAGCAUAGUUAGCUAACUACAAACGUUAAGUUAACGUUAACUCAUAUUCCGUGAAAACUUCCAGUGUAAACACCCGGAAGAAAGUAAAUAACAGAGGAGAACUUCGCCUUCUUCUUCUGCAGUCCGUUUUCCCUCAGUGUCACAGAAGUUACCCUCCCAGUGUAUCCUUAAACAUGUCGGUGCCUUUCUCCAACACUCACCUGCGGGUCCCUCGAGGGUUUGGUACCAUCCUGGAGGGGCUUACCAGGGAAAUCCUGCGAGACCAGCCUGAAGACAUCCCGAAAUAUGCGGCUCAGUACUUCGAGGCUCUUCUCAGAAAAAGAGAAGAGAGUGGCAUGGACCCUGCUGAGUGGGCUGCUAAACUGGAAGACAGAUUCUACAACAACCAUGCGUUUAAGGCAACUGAGGUUAGUGUUAAAGAAGAGCCUGCUGCAGAGGAGACCAGCUCCAAAGAAAAAUCUGACGAGUCCCAAACUGAUGACGAACACAGUCAUUCAGCAGAGGCCUCACAUGCUUCCACCACACAACCCAAUGUCUCUGAAGAGGCUGAUUUAAGCAAAAGCACAGACAAAGACAGAAAACACGAUAUUACAGAGGAACAUGUUGUGGAAAAGGGGCCUUCAGAAGAGGAAUCAGUCAACAGGCUCCGAGAUGUGCAGCCAGAUGAUCUGAGCGGGACAGAGGAGGAGAGAGACCCAACAAUAACUGAAUUUGAUCAAGUUGACAGGGCAGCUAAUGGAAAUCAUAGCAGCUUUGCUUCAGACCGAGAUAAACCUCAAUCUGAGUUAGAACCCACUGACUUAUCAUCAUUCAGAGGGAUUUCUAAUGUAGAUGUGUGUGCUCAGGAGUUAGGGAUGGCACAAGAUGAAGGGGGUGAUAAAAAAGAGUUUGCAGUUGUAGAUGAGGAGAUUGAAGACUCCGAAGGAGAGGAAAACAUUGACAAUGACGAACCAGUGGAGGUCCCUCCAUAUUCUGGACUAGCAGAUGUGGAUGUGUGUGCUACAGAGCUUGGAGGAACACAGGUAACAAUGGAAGAAGCUACUGCUGAAGAUGAUACAAAGGUCACUGAAGAGGACACCUCAACACCCAAACCUGAGGAAGCAGUUGUACGCUCAUCGUCUCAAUCUAAAACCCUAGAGGGCAAUCAACGUGAAGCAGAAGAUGAAGCAGAAACAAAGGAGGAGGAAGGAACAGAGAUUGAGGCUUCUUCUGGAGGAAUACAUGAAAGUUUAGCUCAUAUAGAGGGUGGUUUUAACAGCAAUGCUAUACCAAUGGAAGAUUCCUUGGUUGAGAUUAGCUUUGAAGACAUUCCAGAGGCUCAGCAGAUUGAAGAGGUUGAGGAGAAACAGCCAGAGGAAGAGGGCUUACAGUCUACGAUAUUAGAAACGCAACUGGAGGAAGAGUCCGAAGAGGCAACAGACCAAAAUAUAUCACAAGACCAAGACCAAGACCAAAGUGAACCUGAAAUGAUGGGAGUUGAAAAAGAAGUUAACUCCGAAUUGGAGGAAAUGCAGACUCAGCAAGAGGCGUCUGAUAAAAUGAAGGAGAAGGUGGAUUCAAAUGAUUCUAAUGUAAAUGAUAGUGGUGAUGAUGAUGAGAAGCACGAAGGUGUUAAAACCAUCGGCUUGUCACAUCAGCCCACCACCGAGGCAGACGAAGGAAACCCAGAGGAUGAAACCGAUCACAAAAAUGAAGAUAGUGAGAAGAUAAGUGAAGGCAAAUUUCACCAGAGUGAGGAUCCUGAAAAAGAGGCAAAGUCAAACGAUCCUGACAUUAAAGGAGACGAGACAACAGACGCGGCUGGAGAAGACAAAAAGGACAUCCACACAAAAGGUUAUAGCAAAGUGGAGGAUCAAGAGAUUGAUGGUGGUGGUGCGGAUAAUCCAUCAUCGCAAGUUUUCCAGUCAAAUAUAUCAACUGCCAGGACGGAGGCGGAGAGUGAAACUUUAGAGGCAAGCGCACAACAUCUAUCAGGGGAGAUCGAGGAGAGUCAGAGAACACUUGUAGAGUCACAACUGGAGGAGACAGUGGUAGAAAAAGAGGUCACAUCAAAGGAGAGAAGUUCAGAAGCAGAUGAGCUUGUUGAAGAAGGACAGAUUGAUUCUGAUGUACAAGAGAAGAAUGAUGCAAUGGGUGAAGAGGGCAGCAUCGGGCACACUCAACGUGAAGAUCAGCUGGCAGCAGACCAACAAGGAGGAGAUGUGUCUCUUGGGCCUGAAAUGGACUCCACAGAGCCUGAAAACAAGAGUGUUGACAAGCCAUAA